GUCUCCCAGCUCUCAAACGCCAAUAGCCAGCUUUGCCUUCUCCGACGUUCUAGAAUUCUGUCUGCACCCACAUUUCAUCUGCGAUGGCUAGCGACGAGAAGCAGAAAGAUGCCGAGUUUUUCUUCGAUCAGAACGAAGAGGAUGCCAACGAUGACGAUGAAUCUACCAAGCUUGUCAUUGAGAGUAGUAGUGACAGCGGAAGCGACGACGACGGCAAUGGUGGGCCUGACACUUUCUCAUCGCAGCAAUGGCCCCAGAGUUACAAAGAGACUGUCGAUUCAUACACAAUUGCUGCAUCGCCGAAUAUUGGAGCAGCUGUUCUCCGAACACCGAGUUUGAUAUAUUCAAGUUUUGUCAAUCGUUCCAAGAGUAGUUUAAGCCUAGAUGGAAAGACUCCUUUAUUAUCUGAUCAUGAAGACUUGAUUCAAAAGAAAUCGUCAUGGUUGGAGGGAGUUUCAUUGCAAAAGCAACUUACUGGAGAAUUACCCAUUGGUCAAGGAUGUAGCCUCACUCAAACAGUUUUCAAUGGGGUUAACGUGAUGGCUGGAGUUGGCCUUCUGUCCACGUCCUAUACAGUGAAACAAGCUGGAUGGGCAAGUUUGCUGGUGCUGGUUCUUUUUGCAGUUGUAUGUUGUUACACAGCCACACUUAUGAGAUACUGCUUUGAAAGCAGAGAAGGCAUCCUAACAUAUCCAGAUAUUGGAGAAGCAGCCUUCGGAAGAGCAGGCCGUCUUGCCAUAUCUAUUAUUUUGUACACCGAGUUAUAUUCAUACUGUGUGGAGUUCAUCAUCUUGGAGGGAGAUAACCUAACUAGGCUGUUUCCUGGAACGUUCCUGGAUUGGGGUGGUUUCCAGCUGGAUUCCAUGCACUUGUUUGGAAUUUUGACCGCACUUAUUGUCCUCCCCACUGUUUGGUUAAGGGACCUUCGCGUAAUCUCGUAUCUUUCAGCUGGAGGGGUUGUUGCAACGAUUCUUAUUGUGAUUUGUGUGUUUCUUGUUGGGGUAACAACGGAUGUUGGGUUCCAUCACCCAGGUCAAGUUGUGAAUUGGAGUGGCAUUCCAUUUGCUAUUGGUAUCUAUGGGUUUUGCUACUCAGGACAUUCAGUUUUUCCAAACAUUUACCAGUCCAUGGCUGACAAAACCAAAUUCACCAGCGCCUUAAUUAUAUGCUUUGUUCUGUGUAUUUUAGUAUAUGGAGGUGUUGCAGUCAUGGGAUAUCUCAUGUUUGGUGAAGCCACCUUGUCUCAGAUAACACUGAACAUGCCGCCACAUUCCUUUGUCUCUAAAGUUGCAUUGUGGACCACAGUAAUUAACCCGUUCACAAAAUAUGCUUUGUUGAUGAACCCGCUGGCGAGAAGUAUAGAGGAGUUGCUACCUGCCAGAGUUGUGGAUAGCUAUUGGUGUUUCAUUACACUUAGAUCAGCGCUUGUUAUAUCUACAGUCUGUUGUGCCUUUCUGAUUCCUUUCUUCGGACUUGUGAUGGCUCUAAUCGGCUCUGUACUCAGUAUCCUUGUGGCUGUCAUAAUGCCAGCUCUAUGUUUUAUGAAAAUUAUGCGGGGAAAAGCGACAAAAACGCAGGUUGCUCUGAGCAUCACAAUCGCAGUGUUGGGAGUCGUAAGUGGAAUUCUGGGAACAUAUUCUUCGGUGAAAAGACUUGCGGAGAGCUACUAAGAGCAUACAGUUCAACCCCUUCAUAUCUAAACUAACUCGUGCUAGUGAGGUUUCAGUGUGUGACCCCGGAGGCCACUUGGAUUAUUGUGACCAUAUAUAGACCUUUGUAUCACUCUUGAACCUAGUUCAUAACCCUAAGCUUUGUAGAGGAUCGUAGCAAUGCAGCAAAACAAGUGGCAUGUUUCCAUUGGCCACCCCUUUCAAUUUAGUAAUUGUAGCUUAUAAGCCAGCUCUUUUCUCUCGAAAGCUACGUGGGCUUUUCUGAAAAGGAAUCAUCACUAUGAGCGAAAGGGUCCUCUUCUUCCUAUGAGGCUAUGACCCGUGAUGGAAUUGGAAAAAAACGUGAAAGUGAAGAACACUCUGCUGCCGGAAUAUGUUAAUCUGCCUAUCAAGCAGAUCAAUAUAGUCUUGAUGUUUGAUUUAUCAAUGACUCUUAUAUGAGGCG